CUCCUCAGCCACCCGAGACAGCACCUUCGGUGAUCAUGUCGUCCGACCACCCGAUCGAAUCCAUCGAGGUCGCGGAACCGUCCGUGCACCACGUGCAGGUCGACCCCGAGGAUGAUCCGUGGGGGGGUCUGAUGGGGGACGGAGGAUACCCGACCGACGUUGACAGUUAUGCCACCUCAUUGAGCUCCUCCGUCCUCGACUACAAAUGGCUCAAUGGACGGCGUUUUCACGCGUACAAGGAGGGCAGCUACAAAUUCCCCAACGAUGAACGCGAGCAGAGCCGACUGGACAUGAUGCACUGUAUUUUCAAGCUGGCCAUGGGCGGCGAGCUGUUCCUCGCCCCGGUGGAUGUGGAGCAGCCGCUGCGGGUGCUGGACAUUGGCACGGGAACCGGCAUCUGGGCCCUGGAAGUUGGCGACCAAUUUCCAAACAUAAAAAUGAUCAUCGGAAACGACCUCAGUCCUAUUCAACCCGAUCUUGUCCCCCCCAACGUGGUCUUCGAAGUAGACGACGUGGAGGCUGAAUGGCCCCCGCGUGAACAGUUCGACCUGAUCCACGCGCGCUACAUGUGCGGAUCGAUCAAAGACUGGCCCAAGCUCUUCCGACAAGCCUACGAACAAACCCGCGACGGGGGCUGGAUUGAAUUCCAAGAAUUCCACCUCGUCAAUUACAGCCAAGACGGCACCCUCACCGAAGACAACAACGUCAAUAAAUUCUACAAGUUACUUGCUGAAGCCUGCGACCGCAUGGGUCGCCCGGUGACCGUCGGGGCCGAGUUGCCGGACUAUGCGGCCGCCGCGGGGUUUCGCAACAUCCACCACCGCGUGUACCCCUUGCCGCUGGGGCCCUGGCCCAUGAAUAAGCGGAUGAAAGAAACGGGCGCUCUCAAUAUGAUUCAGUUCCUAGAAGGUCUUGAAGCGUUCAGCGUGGCAACAUUCACUCAUAUCCUGGGAUGGAGUCCAGAGGCCGUGCAGCUGUUUCUGGCAGAGGUACGGGCGGAUGCGAUGCGGAAGGAUGUCCAUAUGAUGCAUAAUUUUCACGUAGUCUAUGCUCAAAAGCUAUAACGAUCCUCGUUAUGGUCGCUCCGAGGGAAAGAACGAGGACAAUGUACAUUACACACGCAGCCUUGUUGAUUGCGCCGAGAAAGUUUAUUCGGGAGUUUAAAGUGACGAUCGCUCUUCCUCGCUGCCUUACUGCUUGUCACCCACAUCAUCCUCCACCCUCUCCUGGGUUUAUCACACAUAAACGCGC